AUGUUUAUUCGUCUGAAAGACAUAGAACCGCUUUGUAAUGAUAAUUGUAAAAUAAAAAACCCCGAGCGAUUAGAAAAAAUAUUGAAUGAGUUUGGACGGGGCGGAACGGAUCGCCUACAGUUAGUUUCCGAUUUUGACUACACCAUUACCAAGCAGCGUAAAAGUGAUGGCUCGCCAGUUCUUAGUAGCUUUGGAAUAUUAAAUGCAUGUGAAUCGUUGCCACAACGGUUUAUCGACGAAUCUAAAAAUCUACAUAACAAAUACCGACCCAUUGAAAUUGAUCCGCACAUACCAAUUAAUGAGAAAAUCCAAUGCAUGAUUGAAUGGUGGACAAAGACGGGAGAGUUGUUAGUUGGGUUUAAAUUGGAGCAGAGCGAAAUUGAUGUUGUAGCGAGCAAAUACAAGGACUCGCUAAGGGAAAAUUCGCAUCAACUCUUUGGCACUCUGAACAGGUUGAACAUACCGGUCUUGGUAUUUUCAGCUGGUUUGGGAAACUCGGUCAUAUCAGUUCUGAAACAAGCCAAUGUAAUGUACCCUAAUGUGAAUGUUAUUUCCAAUUUUUUGCAAUACAAAAAUGGUGUACUCGAUGGUUUCCAAAAACCUAUGAUACACAGUUUCAAUAAAAAUGAAACAGCCCUUGACCGUCAUAAAUAUUACGAUUUAGUUCAUAAUCGUGACCACAUUAUAGUCAUGGGUGAUUCCCUCGGGGAUGCUGAUAUGGCAAAUGGUGUACCAGCUUCAUCGCACAUUAUUAAGAUCGGAUUUCUCUAUGACCAUGCUGAAGCAAGUUUGGAGAAAUACAUGAAUACUUUCGAUAUUGUAUUGGUUGAUGAUCAAACAAUGAAUGUACCUUUGGCGUUAUUGGAUGUUGUGGAGAAAUACCAAACUAUUCGUAACAUUUAA